AUGUCGGCCUCUACUCUCCGGUUGCUACUGUCCCUGGCGGUACUCGGCUCUGGACUCUGCGCUCCUCAAACCGAAAUCUGCAAAGCCUCUCCCGGCACUCCCUCUUGGCCGUCGGCUAAGGCCUGGGCUUCACUCAACAGGACGCUCAAUGGACGGCUCCUCCAGCCUGUGCCUCCUGGUGCAGUAUGUCAUCCCGACCAGCCUACAUUUAACUCGAGCCAGUGUGCCUCGGUAGCCGCCGAAUGGAAGACGUACGAGUUCCACAUCGAAAGCCCCAUCUCAGUCAUGUGGGACAAGUUCGACAACUUUACCUGCCUACCAGAGGAGGAUGCACCAUGCUCUCCUGCAGGGUAUCCCGCUUAUGUAGUGAACGCGUCAACUGCAGAGCAUGUCAAGAUCGGUAUAGACUUUGCUCGCAAGUACAAUGUUCGUCUCAACGUCAAGAACACCGGCCACGAUUACCUGGGGCGAUCCAACUCUCCGGGCUCGCUCUCGAUAUGGACCCAUCAUCUUAACACGAUGACAUACAACAAGGGCCAGUACAAGCUACACGGCUCCAGCAGAGUCCUUCAGGGCAACUCCAUCACCGUUGGUGGCGGAUCUGAGAUGUACAAUGUUUACGUUGCCGCAGACAAGCACAACGAGACCAUUGUCGGCGGAGGUGGAAAGACGGUUGGCAUCGGGGGCUACAUCACCGGAGGCGGGCACUCGGUCUUUGCGCCAAAGUAUGGUCUAGCAGCCGAUAAUGUGUGGGAGAUGGAGGUUGUCACUCCAGGAGGAGACAUUGUCGUCGCCAACGAAGAUCAGCAUUCGGACCUUUUCUGGGCAAUGCGAGGAGGAGGCGGCUCAACCUUUGGCGUCAUUACCUCUGUCACGCUCAAGACGCAUCCGAGCCCCAGGAUUCUGGGCCUCCUCUAUGGAAUCAUUGCAGAUCCCAAAGAAUCCCUCGUCUACGACCUCAUAACAUAUGUCCUCUCCCAAACACCGUACCUCAUGGCGCAAGGCCUCUCUGGCUACAAUUACAUUACGAGAGACAUGGCGCCACCUCUUGAGCUGCCAGGUGCUCCUGACCGCGUAGCCGGCAUCCUCGGCUCCUCCGUCCUUCAAAAUGUAAAAAGCCCUGAAGCCGUCCAAGACCUGUUCAAGCCACUCAACGACACCAUCCGGAAGCGCUGGGGAGACAAGGUCCAGUUCUACGUCCUCCCCACCGCGUACGACUCCUGGCUAGCCUGGUUCUCCAACAACUACGACACCGACCCGGCUGGCGGAAGCCAGUAUCUCGUCUCCCGGCUCAUUGACGGCCAAGCCUUGACAGGGAGCCAACAGAAGCUCAAGAGCGCCCUUCAAGCGACCCUAACACCCAGCGGCACCAUUGCAGCCUUCAUGGUGGGCGGAAAGGGCGUCCAUGAUGCAAAGCCCAGGGGAGGCAGCAAUGCCGUCAACCCUGCAUGGAGGAGUGCAUAUCUCCACACGCUAACCAGCCAAUCGUUUGGGCCGUUCAACAAGACUGCCGAGCAAGAGGCCAUUGUGACCCUGGACAGCGAGUUCCAGCCUCUCCGCGAUCUGACGCCCAAGUCUGGCGCGUACAUAAACGAGGCCUUUCCGUUCGAAAAGAAUUGGCAAACGACCUUCUGGGGUAGCAAUUACGCUCGACUCCUCCGCAUCAAGCGCGAAGUAGACCCAUCCGACGUCUUCUGGUGCUCGCCAUGUGUGGGAAACGAGAGAUGGGAGGUUCGUCAAGAUGGGAAGCUGUGUAAGAAGUAG